AUGCCUGCAACGCCAAUUCCGACGACACCAACAACUACACUAACAGCUCCGAUGACAACAACUCCAACAACAACUCCAACAACAACAACUCCAACAACAACAACUCCAACAACAACACCUACAACAACCACUCCGGCAAUGACUUCUACCACAACCACUCCAACAACUACGAUGACGACAACCACUCCGACAACAACGACUCCAAGCACAACCACUCCGACAACUACGAUAAUGACAACAACUCCAACAACCACUCCAACCACAACCACUCCGACAACUACGAUGACGACGACGACUCCAACAACUACAACUACGACAACGACAACGACUCCAACAACAACUACUACAACAACAACGACGACUAAAGACUGCUCGACGUAUUCAAAUUCCUUCACAAGAAUUCAAGGAUACGUGGUCUGGCUCCUCAACAACAAAACCUACACCAGCGUCAGCUCGGUAUCAACGUGUCAACAAUACUGUGUACAGUAUACAUCGUUCACGUGCAAGAGUUACGAAUACUAUUACUCCGAAAGAUGGUGUUUCCUCCAGUCUUUUGUAAAGGAUGAUGCUCUCAGCGCAUGGACAGCAGAUUCCAGGGGAGACUAUUUCCAACGUUUGCGUCAGUGUGAUAUCUCUGCGUGAGGGAAAACAAAGGCCCCAGAGUCAAAUGUAUCACGUGUUGCAAUUACAUUACAACGUGUUUGUUUUUAUAUGGGAGAAUAUCUCGAAAUUAUCAAAGUCGUUGACGUAUGUCCAUGACAACAUAUAUUGUAAGGUAUUUCUAAAGAAACAUAAGAAAGAUGUGCUUUGGUGGGCAGAGGGCGAUAAGAUAGACAAGUGUUUUAGCUUUCGCAAGUCAC